AAAAGCUGAGUCAUAAGUAUAUUAAUAAAAAUUCUUUUUGUGGGUGAUCUUAAUGAUUGGAUAUGAACGGAUAUAUCUUGAAAGGAUAGUGUCAUUGCCAUCUGAUGGACUCAACAACUGUUACAGAAAAUCAGCCGGUUAUAUCCGAUAUAUGCAAUGAAAGUGCUCUUGAAAUGAAAGAAAACAUGAACAAAGUAGAAGAAGCUAAUAACAAUAAUAAACUGGCAACAGUCAAAUCUUCUGGACAAAAUCUUGACAUUAUUAACAAUGAUAAACCAGUAAAUAGAGACGAAUCUAAUAAAGAAAUCAACAUUGAGACGCUAGGAAGGGCUGAUUCCACCGAAUCCAGUGAAACUGGGGAACUAUCAUCAUCAAAGAGUACAGAAUCGAACACUGGAUUAUCAAAUGGGUUAGAUUCUGUAAAAAAAAUCGAUUCAAGCGGAACAGGAGAUAAUAAACAAACUUUGGAAAAAGCGGAAAUCAAACAAAAUAAACAGGGAGAUAUGAUUGGAAACGCAGACAUAACUGCUCAGGGUUUAUCAGAAAAGACUGAUCCAGACGGAACUAAGCAAGUUCAAAAAGGACCUAAUAAUUCUGUAACAGUGGCGGAUGAUAAGCCUUGUGAUACAGUGUCUAAAAACACCAUAAAAGAUACUGCAGAACAUAUUGCAUCUACUGACAACACACAAAAUUCGGCCAAUAAACAGGACCACAACACUAAAAAUGUUCUUCAAAAGUCCAAUUCGUUUCCAGAUAAAAUUCCAUAUCAAAUUACGGAUAGCCCAUCAGAAAUAAACGAGGCCACAAAUGCACUUGACGAUGAUAGCAUUGAAGAUACCACGAAUGAUAUUUCUAACAUGGGUGGGGCAUCAAAUGCGGUUCCUUCUGUCCAGCUAAGAACGCACGCUCGCCAUGUGUUCAGGAAUAAUUUGAGUGUUCUAAGUUGUCCCGAUGUAGUUAAUAUAGUCUCACAAGACAGCAUAGACGAGUUGAACGAGGGACCGACAACUCGACGACAUAGUGUGGAUAUCUUCGAACCGAAACCUAAGUUAAAACGCAAGCGAGGUUACUACAAGAGAGCUGAGAUAUCAGGGCCGAUAUGUUCCUUAGGCCGGGGACCUUCAGCCACCAUAAAGGCAAGACCCAUCAGAUCUGCAAGCAGUGAAUCCAAUAUUAUUGACGCUACGAGGCCUUCAAGUUUAUCUGUCAAUGUGACAGAGUACACACUAAAUGAUGAGAAUCAAGCACCAUUGAUCAUUAAAUGGGAUAUUACCAGUUCUAUUUCAUCACUGGACUGCAUCAGUCUAUAUCUGAGAAAAGAGGAUAAUGUUCCUGAAUUGGUAAGCUUCCGUAAUGCAGGAGUUGGAUAUAUGCCGAAGGGAGAAAUAAAAUGGGAUUUAAAUCAACAUCAAGACAAAUUUACUGCAGAUAAAAACUUGGUUGUGUUCAAAUAUUAUCACCCGACAUCGACCGGUGGAUUAUCGUUGGUCGCUUCUACGGAUCAAAUCAUUGUUUGUAAAAAGGCGAGAACGCCUCCCUCCUCCACGUCUGAAGAAAGUGGAAGCAUGCGAGUCACUGCAGUCAAUGCACCAUUGAGACGAGCACAUUCCAACGCUGAACUUCUCACUUUAGUUUUAUCUGGUCUUUGUGGUUACAAUUUAAAACGAGGCGUAUUCUUCAAUCCAUACCCAUACGUCAAAAUUGCAGUGUUCCCCGGACCUCGCUGUAGCAAACAACCUCAUCAUAAGCAAAUGUACAGAACAAAACAAGCAGGGAACACUAUUAAUCCUGUGUGGAAAGAGCAAUUCAUUGUCCAAGUGCUUCCAACUGAUUUAGUUGAACUUGAAGUUAAAGACAGAUUUGAUCGCAGUCGACCGAUCUUACGAAGGUUCCUCGGACGGCUUCUAGUCCCGGUCGCAAAGUUACAGGACGUUAUUAACCAAGGAGAGGAGCGAUACACAGAAGCUCUUGCAAAACGGACACCACUCGAUCAAACAUCUGGAAGUCUUUCAUUUCUUGUAACAACUACACAAAGGCACCCAACGUUCAGAUCUGUCGGCCCUAGUGGAGCUCUGAUAUCACGGAAUUCAUCACAAAUAUCUGCAAUUUUAACCCCGUUACGAAAUCAGAUUUCUAAUGAUGAAGAGAAUUAUAGCUCUGAUGCGUCUGCUGAUCUGACAGAUACUGUUGGUCCUUCAGAAUAUAUUGGUUCUUUAACACCUGAUGCAGCUUCAACUCCACUGUUGCCUAAUGGAUCGGCUGUGAUCGAAACUUCAACACUUUCAGAAGAGAUUAUUCCAGUCAAAUCCUCCAUUUCACAACCGAAAAAUAUAAACGACUCACAACCUGCCAGCUCUCCAAAUUCUGAGGAACAAAUCACCAAUGUACAGCAACAAAAACAUUCUGGAGAGACGUCAGAAGAGUCGACUCCCCAAAGAGAGGCUUCUUCUCCGGUUAGCCCGAGUGUUUUGAGUCGUUCACCUAUGCGACAAAGCAGACUUGAUGCUGUAAGCUUUUUUCCAUCGGAGGGCGCCGUUGAACCAUCUUCGAACAUUGAAGAAAUUGCGAACGAGCCUGGGAUUUUACAAACGCUUGUCAGCGGACAAGAUAGUGAACUUAUUACACAAGACAACAGCGCUACUAGUGGUGAAUCAGUUCAGCGCAAUCGCAUACCUUCUUUGAAAAUUAUGUCGAUAGCCGCAGUAGGGAAAGCGGCAGAAGAAAAAGACUUCGAGCGCGAUAAAACCAUUUUGGAAAUCGAGGGUGCGGAAGCGAGCUCUACCAGACGUCGAAUUCCCUCCCUGGCACGUCUUACAUCUUUAGAACUUUCCAAAUAUGGCGCCGUAGGAGGGGCGGAUGCCAUCGAGUCACCAGACGCCACGAAACCUGUCCCAAUGCCACGGUCUACUAUUUUACCUAAACAGCCUAUAAAAGUGAACACUGCCAUUGAUGCACCUGACGGUGCCACGAAUUUACCUAGUGGAGCCACAAGUUCAUCAACUGAUGCCAUGAAUUCCACUAUUGUUUCCAGCAAUUUGCAAGACAGUGCCACAGGUUUAUCAGCUAGUGCAUCUUCAAUUUCUAUUGAAGGUGCCAUGACCUCAUUGGAUGGUGCCACAAAUGCGGAAGAUGUCAAUGGUCCAGUAAAUGAAGUGUUGAGCGUCAUCAUUCAACGAAGCAACGAUACAACUAACCUUGGUCUAAGCAUUGUUGGAGGAUCGAAGAAUAAUGCAAAGAUAAUGCCAAGGCAUAUCAGAGUUACAAAGGUAGAAGCCGGAAGCCCAGCAUUCCUAGCAGGAGUCCAGAUCGGAGAUCGAAUAUUAGCUGUGAAUGAAACCAAUAUGGUGAACGUUGAUCACACAACUGCUGUGUCAGCGAUUCGUAACAGCGGUCUCGAAGUUAGAAUGCAAAUCGAGAGGCCGCUAUCAGCUGUGACCAAAAGAAGGUACUCAACUAAGAGGCCAACAGAAGGAUUGAAUAUAUCUACUCAACAAACUAAUUUGGUAACAGUAAAACGUCGUGCAUCCUCUCCUCUAACUAUGGUUGGAAGCAGUGCUAUUGCUCGCAAGUUUUCAGGACAAUCCAAUCGCAUCUCUCUACCAGCUGGUCAAAUCUUGGCUUCCACAUCAGAAGGAGUGAAACUGCCAAACGUAUCUUCAGCCUUUGAUGCAAGAUUUAGGGCAUCAAGACAUAGAAUUAUGAGCAGAACUGACAUCACCCCUGAGAAUGAGAAGCCUUCACAAGAGGGAUUACCACCACACUGGGAAGCUUGCAGAGACAGGCAUGGAAGAAUAUUCUAUGUUGACCAUCAAAACAGAACAACACAAUGGAACCAUCCAACUCUUUCACCCACCCCAUCAGCGUCAGGAGAGAGUGAGCUUUUACGAUUGGGAGCUUCCAAUGUCGUGUCCAGAGUUCCUUCAUUUGCAAGUUCCACGGCUUUUUUUAGGCGUCAGAAUUCAGUGGAAGGAGACAGGAAUUAUGAAUCUGCAAUGAAAAGGUAUCAAAGCAUAAAGCGAGCAAUGAAACGACAAAGUAGAGUAAUUGGGGAAGCCCCUGAGGAGGAGGAAACCGAGGAAGGGCCGACCGCACAACGAGCAGCUACUGAAGCAACAAGUCGAGGAAUUCACUCCCCAAUACCAACAGCUGUAGCAGAAGAUGAGGAAGAAGGAACCGCCGCUGCCUCUGCAUUGAUUGACACAGGACCUAAAGAUGACACUGUCGAUUCUAGAACAGAAACGACGGCUGAAGUCACACAAGAGCAGCAAACAGCACUAUCAACACCGGCAUGUCGUUUUCUGUCUCAUCCUGGAUUCAUCAAUUUGUUGAGUUCAACUGAGGAAGCAUUCAACCUGUAUCAGGAAAGCACCAUAUUAAAAUAUAUGAUCACGAAAAUAACUCGGGAUAAAAAUAAUUUUCUACAAUAUCAACAUAAUAAAGAUCUCGUCAAGUUAAUCAACUGUUUCGCUGAUCCGAGCAUGGAGUUACCAAGGGGUUGGGAAACUAAGAAAGAUUCUUCGGGAAAAACAUUUUUUAUCGAUCAUAAUUUAAAAGUAACAACCUUUAUAGACCCAAGGCUACCUCUGAUAGAACACGAGACUAACUCAUCAACAACUCCACAACGGCAAGAUGAAAAUGCAACAGUGAGGAGUAGCAAUGAGGAGGAUUUGACUCGUGCGCCUGUCCAAUCACCAUUAGCAAACCAACAACCGAUUGUUCCUCCGAGACCUGAGAGAACUUUGACUGACAGGUCGAGGAGAUUGGACACGAUCAAUGCAACUGCCGGACCUCCUGAACCUGCCCCAGACCAUGACCUGCCUACAGCAUAUAAUGAGAAAGUGGUUGCUUUUCUUCAACAAGCAAACAUAAUAGAAAUCUUGAAAGAGCGCCACCCGGAGGUUGGUACGAGUGAAGCUCUCAAAGAAAGAAUCAUGGUUAUAAGAACAGAGGGGGUAACUGCCUUGGAAAGGUUAUCUCAUAGUGUAAAUCUCGCAAUUUUAUUGAGCAAAUUUGAAGACGAAAUAAUGAACUUUAUACCAAAGACAGUGCAAAGUCGAUCUGUCCUCGCCGAGUCCAGUCCUUCACAAUCCAGCUCAACAUCAACAAGGAAUAGAACAGGAACGUCAUCCCAUGGUUCUCCUGUCAUGAUGAGCAAUGAAAUAACUAAAGCAAUUGCAAGAUCACGAGCGCCUGCUCCUUACAGGAGAGAUUUUGAGUCAAAACUUCGAAAUUUUUAUAAAAAACUUGAAAACAAGGGUUAUGGGCGAGGACCUUACAAAACAAAAAUGCAAAUACGUCGAGAUCAUCUCUUAGAAGACGCGUUCAGCAAAGUCACAAACCUCGCUCGAAAAGAUUUACAAAGAAAUAAACUCAACAUUACGUUUGCUGGAGAGGAAGGACUUGAUUACAGUGGUCCGUCUCGUGAAUUUUUCUUCCUGGUAUCGCGAGAACUAUUCAACCCAUAUUAUGGAUUGUUCGAAUACUCAGCUGUUGAUACUUACACUGUUCAGAUCAGUCCCAUGUCUGUCUAUAUUGAUAGCCCUAUGGAAUGGUUCCGAUUUGCUGGUCGCAUUAUUGGCCUAGCGCUUAUUCAUCACUACCUGUUAGACGCAUUCUUCACACGACCACUAUAUAAAGCGUUACUUCGAGCAAAAUGUGACAUCUCAGAUUUACAAUACAUCGACGAACAAUUCUACCAGUCCCUCAUGUGGAUGAAAGACAAUGACAUAACCGACGUACUGGAUUUAAAUUUCACUGUAGAUCAAGAAGUCUUCGGGGAGAUUGUUGAAAAAGAAUUGAAACAGAACGGCAAGAACAUUCCAGUAACGGAGAAAAAUAAGAAGGAAUAUAUUGAACGAGUCGUUAAAUGGAGAGUGAACAGAAGCACAAGAGAACAGACCAACCAGAUUGUCAGGGGCUUCAAUGAAGUGAUUGAUCUUCGUCUUGUGUCAGUAUUCGAUGCUAAAGAGUUAGAACUUGUUUUGUGUGGAACGGCGGAGAUUGAUUUGAAUGAUUGGAGACAAAAUACAGAAUAUAGAGGAGGUUAUCACGACUUGCAUCCUGUCAUCCAAUGGUUCUGGGAAGCUUUGGAAAAAUUUGACAACGAACGACGUUUGAGACUUCUUCAAUUUGUAACAGGAACAAGCAGUAUUCCUUACGAGGGAUUUACUGCUCUACGAGGGCCAAAUGGGCCGAAGAAAUUUUGUAUCGAAAAGUGGGGUAAAGUACACUUUCUACCAAGGGCGCACACAUGUUUCAAUCGCAUUGAUUUACCAGCUUACACAUCGUUCCAAAUCUUAUGGGAGAAACUAACUAUUGCUGUGGAGGAGACAAGUACUUUUGGAAUGGAAUAAACUUACAUUUCUUCAUCAUAAAUUUUUCUACAUUGCGGGAACCCGAACAAAUCUAAUAUUAGAAUUGAUACGAAAUCAAUUGUAUUUGAUAUUUUAAAUCGAUAUUUUUUGAAUGAAAUAUAGACUUACUGUCUUUAUUCAUACCAGGAUUGAAAAAUGUAGUUUCCAGCCACACUCAGCCCGUCUUCACCAAUGGCGACUUUUUAUACCCCCUCUUAAAAAAUGUCGCUAACUUUUUGUUCAAACGUGCGAGAAACUUGUGUGUAAAUACUUUCGGAAACAACAUAAACUGAUAAUAACAUAUUAUUGCCACGUAAUGACCAAGGAUGACAGGUUUCUCAAUAUAUUGGUUUAUCGGAGAAAAAGUUUUCACUAUCACACAUCGAAGAUGCCCCAAUUGAAUUAAUAUUCGAAAUGUUUCUAAAACAGUAAUAUUUAAUAUUGAUGGCAUAGAAUGGUACUUCAACACCUUUUAUUCGAGCCUAAAAAACUCAGUCAACAACAAUCCAGAAUACAAGCUUAAAUAUUCAUAUUCUACAUUGUCAAUUAAUACAAUAUAAACAAACUUCAUAUUUUUCGUUAAUACAUUAUCCUACAAAAGUCUGAAAAAUUUUAUGAACUCAAUGUUCCAUGAAAAAUGGAGAGCCAAAAUCAAACAAUUUCAUAUACCGUAUAUAGGACAGCAUAUAUACAGAAUACUUAAAUUUUCCGCACACUAAAGCAAAAGUACUUUUCAGUAAAAUAUUGUCUGGCUUUUUAACUAUUACAUGGGUUAAAUGAAAUAAUGUGCAGAAGGCAAUUUCACUUGGAAUGGUCAUCUUCAUUUUUGCUACAGCGAUCUUGCAUUAUAAGCAUCCACCAGCAUAAAAGAAAGAUAAGUAGUUUGUGCGCAGAAACCCAAUUAAUGGUAUACAUGUAUACAAAGAUGUUACGCUGUUCCAAUAGUUUCUUUUUUUGAGACGUUUCCUUAUUACAUCAACUGCACUUGUGUUCCAUACAAGGAUAGCUAUGUUAAAAAUUUUCAGGUAAAAAUAUACUCUGUGAAGGCCAUGUAAGUAGUAAAUAGCAUGGAAACUUCAGUCGAGAUUCCAACAUAGGGGUCCCUUGGCCUAUGUAGGUACAUACAGUGGGUCUUACCUGUGGCUACUAUGUCUGUAAACUCAUAAUUCAUAUCAUGCCUUAUCUUUGUUGUACCUUUGACUCCAAUUUUAGUACAGACAGCAUUUGGGGCUUCAAUCAUCGUUAUUUAGAUCUUGAACAAUUCCAAUGAAACUUAUCUUUUUGUUGAAACUAUUUUUUUCCACUGUGAAUACCUCUGUAUAUAAUAGUAGCAUAAGUAAUUUUUUCAAUUGUGAAAUCAAUGUUUCUUUAAAAACUUAAUUAAAAAGUUAAUUUUUGUUUGCAUGUGUUAGAUUCUUUUCAAAUGCAUCUGUAUUGAGGGCGCUCUAGAAGUGUGUGUACCAAUAUGGAGGUAAUUAAUUUUGUUCGCAUACUUUACAACAAUUUGUGUGGACAAUUUGUAGGACUGAAACCUAUACUGUAUAUUCAGUGGUGGGAUUCAGCCGGUUCGCACCGGUUCUAUAGAACCGUCUCACGAAAUUUUAUGAGAUCAGCAAACCGGUUAGCAUGACUAGUUAUUGUCAAUGUUCUGUUUGUAACAAAACCGGCUGAAAAAUAUGACUUUUGUGAAGGAACCGGCUGACAAAAAACUAGGAUUACCGCAUUAAGUGCUAUUGGAUGAGAUUAUAUACUGCUAUAAAGCUAUUUGAUUAUUUUUGGAAAUUUUCAGUUUUUUUAUGAAUUUCUGAUAUUGCAAUAAAAAUUGACUGAUAGAAGGUUUCGGUUACAAAAUUGUUUUGAACUCACUACUUACCGCAACUAUUCAUUUUAAAUUAUCUAUCUCCUAGCAAACUCAUAUUGACAUUAUUAUUUAUAAAAUAUAACCCAAGUCACAGCCCGCUUCACAGAAUUGCCUAUUAGAUACCAGACCCCUCUAUUUGAACUAAAAAAAUUGCCGUAACAGGGAAAUUUUCAUGCCUUGUUCCAGAUUUCAAAGUCUCGUAAUGGCAUUGUGCUAUCCUUAGGUGGCAACUCUGAUUGAAUUCAUAAUUGUACUUUUUGAGCUUACCCAAGUUCUGAACUUAUUCUGUAAGAUAAUUUUGUUUAUCUAUUGUGAAAUAGUACUUACAGCAUUGUUUAUAUAUUUUUUCUGCACAAUUAAAAAUUGCAAAGUUUCCUUAGUAAAAAGUCAUAUUAA